AUGACCCGGGCGACAGGGAAGCCCUAUGCCACGGAGGCUGUCCGUUUUCGCGAAGAGGGAAGGCAACAUCUGGAUGUGAAUGACGAGCUGCAAAUCAAGCUUGACGAACAGGAGAAGAUCGUCGGCGAACUUCAAAAGGAGCUUGAAAGCCGGGAUACGGAUGUGAAGGAUGCGCUUGCUCUGUUGAAGCAUCUGGCGCAAAAGGUUGCUGAUGAUGAGCUCGCGAAAGUCGAUUGGCGGGUGAGGUUCAAGUUCCGCCAUCCCAGCACCACGAAGGCUCAACUGGAUCGCUCUGGAGAUCCUAGUGCCCUUGCCAGGCAGGCACGUGUCGUGCAGCGCUGGAUCAACCGUAGUGAAGUUACUUGCACGGACGGUUACAAUGGGAUUGGGAAGGUCUGCAUCGUCGGAUGGAAGGAAAUUCCAGAGGAUGAGCUAGAGGCAGACGAGUUUGGAGAUUUUGGCUUGGAUGAGCUGACAGGCAACAUUGACUCAGAGGAACGGGAGUAUGAUGAGGAAGAGGAGCAGCCAGUGCUCUGGGGCCGGGAGUAG